UUCUUUUUAAUGUAAACUUAUUUACAUUAAAUGUUGUAUUCUGUUCGGGAAAUCCAGGUGUAAUUAUGGACAUUUGUGUUCCAUCAUUUCCUUCAUUUUUUGCGCCUCUUUUUUCACUUGAUCCAGUUUCGCUUAAUUUUAUUAAAUUUGUUAUUAUUUUUAUUACUUAUACAGUCAAGCCUGAUCUAAAACAACAAAUAGGCCAUUGUAUGGUACAAUACUGA